AUGCCGAAGCGGCCUCUGGAAGAUAUUGAAGAUGCCACAACCGCGGCGGGCAGUUCAAAGCGCGCACGCUUCGAUCCAUCCGCGCCACAAGUACGCGAAUACAAUCAUGCCGAGGAUACACAGCUAGAAAGAAGUGCAAAAAGUAAGGGAAAGCAACGCGCGACUGAUGAUAUGGACGUGGACGACGAUGAAGAUGGAGCUGAACACACUGACGCUAUGGGCACUGACGAUGAGGCCGAACUCGAGAAGGAAGUUCGCGAGUCGAUACGCCAGCGCGGGAAUCGGCCGACCGCGUCUGCCAAGUACGGUGUCAUCGACAAGGUCGAGAUGUACCAAUUCAUGUGCCACCAACACCUUACAUUCAAUUUCGGCCCGCGCAUCAACUUCAUCAUUGGUCACAACGGAAGUGGCAAGAGCGCUGUCCUCUCCGCCAUCACUAUCGGCCUCGGUGGUAAGGCCAACUCGACGGGUCGUGGUAGCGGCCUUAAGGCCUUCAUUCGCGAGGGACAGAACGCGGCCGAAGUGACCAUCCACAUCAAGAACCAGGGCGAAGAAGCGUAUAGACACGACGUCUACGGAGAUAGCAUCGUGAUUACGCGCAAGUUUACUAGAGACGGAAGCUCGUCCUACGCGAUCAAGAGCAAGUCCGGCAAGAAGAUCUCCGGGAAGCGAGAGGAGCUGUCGGCGAUCUGCGAUCAUAUGAGCAUCCAUGUCGACAACCCAUUGAACGUUCUGACGCAAGACGCAUCUCGACAGUUCUUGAACUCGGCCAACGCAUCUGACAAGUACAAGUUCUUCUUACAAGGGACGCUACUCGCACAGCUUAGCGAUGAGUACCAAAUCUGCGAUGACAACCUCUCCCGCAUGUCGCACAUUCUCGGAGCGAAACGUGGCGCUGUACCCGACCUCGAUUCCGCGCACAAGGAUGCCGAACAACGCCUGAAAGAAGCUAAGGCGGCACGCGACCACCGUAACAGGAUCGAUGAUCUCAAGAAGGAGCUCGUCUGGUCGACCGUGCGUGCCAAGGAGAUGGAAGUUGAGGCGCAAGUGGAGGUCGUGUCGAAGAGUGAGCGUCGUGUCGAGAAGCUUCAGGGUAAAGUAGACGGAGCUCAGCGGGCCGUUGAUGCGGCUACAGCGUUGGUUAUGGAGAAGGAGCGCGCUCAUAAUGAGCUCGGCAGCAGAGAGGGGCUUGACGCUCAAGUAACGGCAUUGAAGGCGAAGAUCUCGACACAGAAGAGGGCUCUAGGAGAGCUCAAGAUCGAGGAAGCGAACGUGAACACCGAGGUGCAAUCCAUCCGGUCAGAGAUCGAAACGCUCAAAGAACAGAGGCGCGUCGAGCUGGCGAAGAGUGCGACUCGCGUCGAAGGGGAACAUGAAGCUUUACUGCAUCAUCUAGAGGAAGCGAAGGCGGAGCUGGAGCGCGCGGGCGCUGCACGUCAGGCUGCGGACGACCGAGUCGCUGAGACGCGAAGAGAGCGUGACGGUGUCCAGACGGCCAUACAGCAGAACGAGCAUGACGUCAGACAAGCUGACGCAGCCCGAAUAGGCGCUCAUCAACAGCGCCUAACUGCGGAGGAAAGCGCACAGGACAACCUCGCUGCCUUUGGCCGGAAUAUGCAUCACGUUCUAGAUGCCAUUCAGGAAGCUCGGUGGCAUGGCGAAACCCCGGUUGGACCUAUUGGGCGCUAUGUCAAGCUGCGAGACGGACAGUGGGCAGGCGUUCUUCGCGUCCAGAUCGGCAGGCUUAUGAGCGCUUUCGCAAUAACCGAUCUGCGCGACCGGGAUACGCUGUCCCAAAUCCUGAGGCGAUUCGGAAAUGAGGACAUUCCCAUCAUUGUCGCGGGUAUCGAUCUCUUCGACUAUAGCCGCGGCGAACCAGACGAGCGGUACUUGACAAUCCUACGGGCGCUCGAAAUCGACAACGAGUACGUGAAGCGCGUGCUCGUGGACCGGGCUCAUAUCGAGCGUCUCAUGCUCUUUCGUGAGCGUAAGGAGGCCGACGCCGUCCUGAAAGCCCAUCGCAGCGGCGUAGCUCUCUCUCAAGACGGGUUCAUCGUGACUCGAUACAGCGAUUCUGGGGGCUCGUCGAACCCACUGCAAGACCUUGGUCCCCGCGAUCGGCGUCACUCGAUGUUCACCAAUCGCGACAGCGCUGCGCAGAUCUCGCAUUGGCGCGAGCGAGAGCGGGAGGCGGUUCAGAAGUACAACGAGACUCGAACUUGCUCGGAGAAUCUUCGUACUCAGCUCAGUCGUAUAGAUCAAGAACUGAGGGGCGUUCAGGCCGGCGCGCAACGUGCGGCCACGGAAUUUACCAAAGCGAGGCGCAAACGUGACGAGCUCCAGCAAGAAGUCAACGCAGACAUUUCUCUCGAUGUGGCUGGUCUGGAAGAAGCGCUAGCCGAGCUUGAGGAUAAGCUCAGGCGGACGGCGGACCAGUUUGAACCCAUUAUACGGCGUCAGGACGCAGUUGCUCUUGAGAUCACGAACUUCACGCACGAAUUGGACAAGGUCAAAGAAGCCGUGUCGGAUUUUGACUUGCACAAGACGAAGGCACGUGAGGAUGUGAUGAACGCAGGGGAAGAGCGUACGCGAGCAAUGCGCGAUCUGGAGUACUGGGAAUCAAAGUUGGCAGAGGAGAAGCUGAAGCUGCAGGGUUGUAAGCAAGGCGUGGAAGGGUUGCGAGAGGAACUUGGAAAUGAUAUCGCCGAGGCCACAAACCGCUGUGCUCGGGUCGAUACCUCUCGUGAGCCAAGGUUCAUAGAGAGGGAGAUUGCGGCCAUGGAGAGGGCACUUGAUGCGCGCGAAAGGCGCGGCGCAGCAUCGGUCGAGGAUGUUCAGGCCGAGGUUGACCGUACUCGGGCAGCCCUUCACACGCUUACUCAGGAUCUCGCAGAUCUAGAUGCGCUCACAAAGAUCCUGCAAAAGUGCGUUCAGAGACGCAAGGUUAGAUGGAUGCGCUUUCGCGCACAUAUGGCCUUUCGAUGCAAGAACUUGUUCCAAGACCAUCUCGCCAGUCGCGGCUACUCUGGAUUCCUCGAACUGGACCAUGAGAAUCACGCCUUGAUCCUCAAAGUCCGGACAGAGCGUAACGCGUCGACGCAAGAUGACCAGGUUCAAGCUCGUGACACUCGCGCGCUCAGCGGAGGAGAGAAGAGCUUCACUACUACCUGCCUCCUCCUCGCCAUGUAA